UACAGAAAGUGUCCUAACCAACCAGAACUAUACAGACUAUACUGUGGUCUUUUUGUAUUGUCGCGAAAUAAAUGUGACUGCAAUGUAAACCUGUACUAACCUAGAUUACAUAUAAAUUGAAAAUGUUCAAUAAACCGAAAAAUACGUGAAUUUGAAAUUUACUAUAUCUAGACUAAUGUGCAUAAUUUUGUUUAAUUAUGUAUGUAUAUAUUAAUAUACAUAUGUUUUUAAAUGGUUAUUACUAAACAUGUAUGUAGAACUGAGUCGUAUUAAGUGAUAAAUGUAAAUAAAAACACGUGGACCAGUUUUAUUUUGUAAUCAAUUAAUUGUUUAUAAUUGAUGUGCAAAAUUUGUUAUUAAAAUGGCACGUGGUAGGAGACCGACUCGAGGUGGAAAAAGGAAAUUUGAUAGACAUGACAGUCGAUCGAGAUCAAAAAAAGGUAAAUUUAACCUAAAAAGAAAACCGUAUGUUCAAGAGCGGGAUAUUAAAAGUCAGGAAAUUGAAAAUCGCAGAAAAGUAAUAGAAGACAAAAGGUUACAACAGCAAAGACUCGAAUGUGAUAGUUCAGAAGAUGAACAAGAAAAUCCUUUGCAAGAUUUAUUAUCCACAUUUUCAAAUAUUGAUAAUCUCCAAGUAACUGCAAUUGAAUCUGACUUAGAAAGUGAUGUUUCUGAUGAUAAAAGUAAUGCACAUGUAACAAAUGAUAAUAAUGAAGAUCAUGCAGAUACUGAGGAGCAGUUAUCGAGCGAUAAUGAAGAGAUUAAAAUGAAGGAAUCCGAUGAAGAAGAUGCUGAGACUGCCCAAGAAGAUGCUGGUUAUUUGAAAGAUCCAUUUUCAAUUCAUUUUCAUGAUGAUUUAAGUGAUGAGCAUUAUGAAGCAGUUUCUAGCAUUCCACAGAUCACAGAAACACAGAACAUAGUAUGGCCUACUCUGGGAAAUCUUAUAUGUCAAAUUCCAAAGGCCAAGGAAAAAGAAAACGAUACACUUAAGAAACCUAAAGUUUCUAUUUUAGAAAACAAGCAGUUUGCAAGGUAUGGUACUGUUCCAUUCUUAAUUGAAGCCAUAGAUUGGAAUGCAUUAUAUGUAAAAUCUCAAAUUCAUGGUAAUAUUACAAGAGCAAACUAUUUAAAUAUAAAGGACAAUGUGAAUACUAAUCCAUCACCUUUGACUUCUUUACAACGAGAGUUAUUUUCAGUGAUAAAUAAUUAUCAAGAUCUUUAUUAUCCUGAAGAAACCUUUUCCAAUGCUGAUCAGAUAAGAUUCAUAUAUUGUUUACACGCGAUUAAUCAUGUAUUAAAAACCAGAACAAAAGUAUUACAUCAUAAUGCAAAAAUAACAAAAUCAAAGAGUAAGAACAUAGCAGAAGUUCCAGAUGAAUAUAGAGAUCAAGGAUUAGUCAGGCCAAAAAUUUUGAUAAUAGUCCCUUUUAGACAUUCCUGUUUAAAAAUCGUUGAACUCUUAAUAUCUAUUUUAAUCGGAGAAGACAAAGGUGGCUCUGUAAUAAAUAAAAAGAGAUUUUUAGAAGACUUCAGUGGUAAUGAAUUAGCAAUGCCAAAAAAAAAGCCAAAGCCGGAAGAUUAUGAAUUAACAUUUCAAGGAAAUAUAGAUGAUACUUUUAAAAUUGGAAUCUCUAUCACAAAAAAAACUUUAAAGUUGUAUUCAGAGUUUUAUUCUUCCGACAUAAUAAUUUCAUCUCUUUUGGGACUGAGAAUGUUAAUUGGUGCAGAGGGUGAAGCAGAGAGAGAUUAUGAUUUUUUGGCAUCAAUAGAAUUAUUGAUUCUAGAUCAAGCAGAGAUAUUUUUAAUGCAAAAUUGGGAUCACAUGAUUCAUGUUUUAAAUCAUCUACAUUUGCAGCCAAAAGAUUUUCAUAGGACAGAUUUUUCUAGAGUAAGAAGUUGGUGUGUAAAUGGUUGGGCUAAAUAUUAUAGACAGACAUUGAUAUUUUCAAGUAUUCACGUGCCUGAAAUAUAUGGAAUAUUUAAUAAAAAAUGUUAUAAUUAUGCUGGAAAAGUGAAGGUAAUAAAUCCUAUUACAUCUGGAUCCAUUUGUCAGGUGGUUGUGCAAGUUCCACAAGUAUUUCAUAGAUUCGAAACUUCAAGUCAUUCUCAAGCUUUGGAACAAAGAAUGGAAUUUUUUAUAACAAAAAUACUUCCUCAAUAUAAGGACAAAAUUAUGAAUCACACAUUAAUUUUUGUACCAUCUUACUUCGAUUUUGUGAAGUUAAGAAAUUAUCUUAAAAAGGAAGAUUAUAGUUUUGUACAAAUUUGUGAAUAUUCUAAAGAUGGAAAAAUUUCAAGAGCAAGAGAUUUGUUCUUUCACAGUGAGGUACAUUUUCUGCUCUAUUCAGAGCGGUUUCAUUUCUUCCGUAGAAUCAGAGUGAAAGGUAUAAGACACAUUAUAUUUUAUGCACUACCAACCAUUCCCAAGUUUUAUACAGAAAUGUGUAACUUCAUGCAAGAAGCUAAUCAGAAUCCACGAGCGGGUUCUGAAAGUAAUAUGACUGUUACCGUUUUAUAUUGUAAAUACGACAUCUUGCAGCUUUCUGCAAUAGUAGGUACAGAAAGAACAAAUAAAAUGCUUGAAUCAGAAAGAACUGUCCAUAUGCUUAUGACCGGUGAAUAAAAAGAUGAAACUGAA